AAUAAUUUAAAUGAAUUAAGUAUAUGAAUACAUUUAGUAAUAAAAUCGUUUUUUUAUCAGUUAUAAACGAAAAUGAUGAGAAUGUGUUCAGUCGUAAAUUUGCUGAAGUUGAUGAGUCGGAAAUGCAAUUUUCAGCUUUCGCAUCACUUGAUAUUAUUAAAGAAUUAUUGUCGGAGCAGAUAUCGAUGGAUUAUUCAAUAAUUGAUCCGUAUUUGGGAUUUAUAAGUCCAACGUUAAUUGGUUUAAACUUCUUUAAAGUUUACGCGUACAUCACUGCCACCUGCUUAAAAUUUGUUCUCAUACUCAAUGAUAUGAAUCUCACAUCUAAUACCAUACGACAGCUGUUUGAGGAGAUAAAUGAAUUAUAUACGAGAACAAUUUGCAAUCCUUUAUUAUUUAAUAAGUUAACAAAUCAGAGUUUUUUAAACAAAUUAGAUGAAUUAGUAUUAAAGUAUAAUUCACAAUAAAUACAUUAUUCAGUAACAUCGAUAAUUCCUGAAUCUGAUCUAAACAAUUCAAA